AUGCUGUGGCCGAGGCUGCCGGUGGCCGAGUGGACGGCCCUGGCCUGGGAGUUACUAGGCGCCUCAGUGCUGCUGAUCGCGGUGCGCUGGCUGGUGCGGCGGCUGGAGAAGCGGCCGCGCGAUCUGAGCCAAAGCGAGGCCUUCGCCCCGCCGCCCUUCGCCUCUCCGCCCCCGGCCUCAGGCCCGGCUCCCCACCCAGGCACAGGUGAAGUGACAAUGGAUGCUAUUUUGGCUCGGUUGAAACUCCUGAAGCCAGAUGACCUUCGAGAAGAAAUUGUCGGUGCCGGAUUGAAGUGUGGACCCAUUACAUCAACUACAAGGUUCAUUUUCGAGAAAAAGUUGGCUCAGGCGUUGAUAGAACAAGGUAGAGCCUUGUCUUCAUUGCCUCCUGUGCAAGGUGUGGCAGGCAUCACAGAGCUCAGCCAAGAAACACAGGGGCUUUUACAAUGCACUGUGAGGAGUGCCAGUUUCUCUGCAAACAAAGACUUUGGCUACAGCGUGGACUUGCAUCCUCCUGAGGAGGAUAACAUAAUGCCCAAGACCUGCACAGCGACUGUCAGCGCUCUAGGGGAGGUGAAUGGUCACAGAGCUGCCGUGGCCCUCUCUAAAGAGCCUCCUCUGUUCUAUGGAGUGUGCCCCGUGUAUGAGGACAUCCCAGCGAAAAGUGAAAGGAUUCAUGUUUACGAAGAUAGAAAGGAAGCCUUGCAAGCUGUCAAAAUGAUCAAGGGAUCUCGAUUUAAAGCUUUCCUAAGCAGAGAAGAAGCUGAAAAAUUUGCUCGAGGAAGUUGUGAUUAUUUCCCCUCUCCAAGCAAAACUGCUUUGCCGGUUUCUCCUGUAAAAGUAGCCCCAGCCUUUGGCAGUGGUGGGCUCAAAGAUUCAGAAACCGUCAACAAAGAACGUGCUAACAGUUACAAAAAUCCCCGGACCCAGGAUCUCACAGCCAAACUGCGGAAAGCGGUGGAGAAGGGAGAGACUGGCACCUUUUCUGACCUUGUCUGGAGUAACCCCCGGUAUCUCAUUGGUUCCGGGGACAAUCCCACCAUUGUGCAGGAAGGCUGUCGGUACAACGUCAUGCACGUUGCUGCCAAGGAGAACCAGCCUUCCCUCUGCCAGCUGACCUUGGAAACGCUGGAGAACCCCGAGUUCAUGCGGCUCAUGUACCCAGAUGACGACAAGAGCAUGCUGCAGGAACGCAUUCACUACAUCGUCGACCUCUACCUGAACACACCUGACAAGAUGGGCUACGACACACCCCUGCAUUUCGCCUGCAAGUUUGGUCAUGCAGAUGUGGUCAAUGUCCUCUCUUCCCAUCCUUUGAUUGUCAAAAACUGUAAGAAUAAAUAUGACAAGACCCCGGAAGACGUAAUUUGUGAAAGAAGUAAAAGCAAAUCUCUGGAGCUGAAGGAACAGAUCAGAGAAUAUUUACAGGGUCACUGCUACGUGCCGCUCCUUCGGGCAGAGGACACGUCUUCUCCAGUGAUCGGGGAGCUGUGGUCCUCAGACCAGACAGCUGAGGCGCCACUCACUGGCCGCUUCGGAGGCAGUCCCUGUGACCCCAUUCUGACCCUGAGAGCCUUCGCAGGGCCCUUGAGUCCAUCCAAGGCAGAAGAAUUCCGCAAACUCUGGAAAACACCACCACGGGAGAAAGCAGGUUUCUUCCAUCAUGUCCGGAAAUCUGAUCCAGAAAGAGGCGUGGAAAGAGUGGGAAGGGACCUAGCGCAUGACCUGGGGUACCCCUGGGGCGAAUACUGGGAAUUCCUGGGCUGUUUUGUUGAUCUGUCUUCCCAGGAAGGCCUGCAGAAACUAGAAGAAUAUCUUACUCAGCAAGGAGUGGAGAAAAAGAGCCAACACGAAUCGGGAGAGAACGAGACUCGUGUGCAGAACAAAGCCUCUGGUGCCGCUAAGAAGCGCAGCAACUCCAUCUCCGUGAGGGCAUUUCUAGAUGAAGAUGAGAAUAUGAGCUUGGAAGAAAUUAAGAAUUGGCAAAAUGCCGCUCGGAAUGCCAACCCACGCCCCACUGGGACCUUUGGAGACUUGAGGCGUGACAUACUUCCCAUGGGGCAGGAUGUACAGCUCACAGACAGCCCGGAUCUGAGUAGUCGGCGUGACGGCAGAAAUGGCUUCUGCGGUGCCCCGAGUCAGGCUAGGCCCUGCAGGGGGAAGGACCCGGUGCCCCUUGCUGGGGAGGACUCCUUCCUGUCACCCGUCUCCAGCUUAACUGUCAGAUUUGACCAACUGAAUCUUCAAAAUCUGGGAAGUGACUUUUGUAAGACACCAGGUGACAAAGAAACUGAAAAUGAGAUCACCCUGACUCCGAGAGUGGACUCUGUGGGAGGUGGCUCGUCAGAAACUACUUUUGCUGCCCUCGAGCUGGGGAAUAACCCAAUGAGGACAGAAGAGGUGGCAGCUGAGGUUGCCCACAUGUCCCCGGAUCCCAGUGGGCCUGGACACAAGGCCACCAGUCUCUUCCUGCUCGGGGAAAAGCCUUCGAAGCUGGACCGAGACGUGCUGGCUGCCCUAGAGUGUGCGGAUGUCGACCCUCGACAGUACCCAGCCAUCCUCAGGUGGAAGGGGGCCGUGCUGGCCUACUCGCCUUCAGACAGAAAGAGUUGGCCAAGCCCUGCGUUGAAAGGGAAGUUCAAGCCUCAGCAGCUGGAUCUCAGUUCUGCCCACAGCUACAGUUCAGGACAAUGUGGAGGACCUGCUGCUGGCAGCCCAGGGAGGCCUAGUGUCCAACCAUACUUGCCUGGCAUAGGCAGCCCUGGGCGGUACAGCCCGGUAAACGGGGGCCGCCUCCGCAGGAUGGCACGCCUGGCUGAGCUGGCAGCCCUGUAAGCUCAAGUGCUCUUUGUAUUAUGAGAAGGUGAGUUUGUUCACUGCUAGGUAACUCACAGAGGAAUACUAAUUUAUUGAUCCUCAUUUUGAGGGUAAAAGCUUAGAAAAUAAAACGUUCUGUACUCAGUUCAAAGUUCUGAAACAUUUGGGAGAAGUUGAAAGUGACCUCAUGAAACGUGACCUGGAAAAUGUCACUAUGGUAACGGCAGACUUUUCUGCUAUCAGUUCUGUUUUUGAGAGUGAUGGAGAAUAGAGGCUUGACACAGCCUCCCCGAGAACACUGCACAUGGCAGGAAAACCCUGUCUUGGUUUGCCGACUGUCCCAGCGGGCCAGGCAGGUCGAGGCAGUGGCUGGGAAGAAAGCUUGCUUCUUGGACCUGCAGCAGCAUUUUCACAUAGGUGACUAAGAACAUUCAAGUCGACUGGGACCUCGACCCUUAGUUUUCUGCUGAAGAACUCAACCGCUCCUGCCGGUGACAAGCUGUCCAGCAGAUGUCUUCACCACCACCGCAGCCCCCAGUUCACUCCAGUCACCUGCAGUGGCUCCCGUGUAGCAUUUUUGCUGGGAUCCACUGAAGGUAAAAGUGGAGAGGCAUUUUUGCUGGGAUUCGUCUGAGCCUCUCAACCUUUCCCCAGGAAGGGCAGUCCGCAGGGCGCCUGAGACACAGACAGGCCUCCGGUGUUCUCCAGCGGGUCUUCUUCAACGGAUUGUUCCAAUUGCAGUGUUGGGUUCAAAAGUUGUCAAGCUUUUGCUAACUUCAGUGCCUUUUGUAAAUCAUUUGGAAUUUCCCUGUAUAUACUUUUUGAGAAUAUACGAAGUAGACAUAUGAAAUUCUUUUCCUUUGUUAAGUAUUAAUUGAAAUAUGUUUUCUCUCACGAUGGACAGGUAGAAUCUCUAGAAUCAAUUCUGAUGUUCUAUUAUUCACAGACCUGUUUUACUUGAAAUCCUAUGUAGUGUCAUAUUUAGAUGGUAAUUAAAAUAGCCCUCCAUUUA